CCAUAUUCCCUGAUCAUCGUCCCCUUCACCUCCUUCUCAAAUGCCAAGAAUUGCCGGUCGAGAUGGAGCCCUCAUCGUCGGAGAAGCAUGAGGCCUACUAUGACGACGACGACGAAGCGAAACCAGAGCGGGUCGUCCAAGUCCCCCGGCAAAAGUACAUCCCCGUCACUAAGGCGCAGCUUUUGGACGCCAUUUUGACGACCGCGUUCGACGACCCGGACGAAGCCCUUCAGUUCCUCAAUGUGUCUCGGUGUUUGGACGCCAUUAUUCAUGCUGAACAUAAGGUCGUUCUAGAAGACAUGCGGGCUGAUUAUUCCAUCAUUUCGGGUUUCGCGGGAAAGGAGGAAACGGUUGAUGAUGGGAGGCAAAGCGAGGUCGUCGCCGAUGAGAUGAAGUCCGACGCGACCAUGAGCGGCGAGGAGGGUCAGAUAGAAGUUGAGGAGCAAUUUCCUCUAAUGUCCUCUACUAUGUUGAAGAAACUGGUUGGUUCUUCCGUAAACAGUGGGAGGUAAUGCGGUGGUGAUCCAUCCAGAGUCGCUGUGGCCACUCGUUUCCAGCGGGCUUUCAUGCGACUUCUUUGUAAUGCACAGUUUGAAGAGCUAUCGGCUAGCGAUUUAAUGUUGACAUCCG